CCAGACCCAGCUCCGGAGCCAGCAGCACGGAUGGCCAAGCCGACCAAGAAGGCAUAUACAAGUAUCAAAUGAUCAACCCUGAAAAACCAGAGUUUCAAUCUCAAGGUGGAGCUUAAGAGGAUGGAAAAAGAGUGUGCACUGAAAAGUACAAGCUGUUGAGCAAGUGAAAUACCCUCAGUUCGACUGCAGGAGUGGGACAUCAGCCUACAAUGACCACACACAACAUACUCAAUGAGGGGCAAGAGAAUGAAAUGGAACUGUUUGGCUAUAAGAAAGAAAAGUGUCGAAAUAUCCUUUGCAUUAUUGGCUACAUCUUUACUUUCGGACUUCUUAAAAUCGUUUUCCAUUGGAAACCUGAGCUGGAUGUCUGGUGCCACUGUGUUUCAUGUAACUUGGAAGACGCUGAUGUAAUAUUGCUCAGAACCACAGAUGAAUUCAAGAAGUAUACUAAGAAGAAAGUAAAAUGGAUGGAUUCAGAUCCUUCACACGUUUUAUUCAAUUUUGAAUCCUCAACAAUGGAAACAUCUGACCUACAUAAGUUAUUGAUAAUGCCUGAGAUAAGGGUGGGAUACAUAAUAGUACAGAAGACUCGGUAUGUGUGGAAUCCAUCAAAAGGCUUGUUUCAGAAAAUUGGGGUUCUGGAUGAGAAUCAUUCCUGUUCUGAUAUACAUGCAAAGUAUGGUCUGGGCUUAAGUAGCGAAGAACAAAAAGCCAGACAAAAAUUGUGUGGGCCAAAUACAAUUGAAGUAGAAAUAAUCCCAAUUUGGAAGCUACUAUUUAAGGAGAUUUUAAACCCCUUUUACUUUUUUGAAGUGUAUUCACUUAGUACAUGGCUUGCAACCGGUUAUAUUGAAUAUUCCAUGGCCAUAUUACUGAUGACUAUUUUAUCUAUUCUUGCAACACUUUAUUUGUUAAGAAUGCAAUCUGUUAAACUGAGCCACAUGGUGCAAUCACACAACAAUGUUAUGGUUUCUGUGCUUCAAAGAAAUGGAGUAGUUAAAGAGAUUGAAUCCAAAUAUCUGGUACCAGGAGAUGUGAUUAUUAUAUCUGAGAAAAGGUUUUACCUACCAUGUGAUGCUGUAUUGAUAUCUGGGGCCUGUGUAAUAAAUGAAGGCAUGCUAACAGGUGAAAGUGUUCCUGUGACAAAAGUUCCUUUACCAAACCUAGAUAAUGGCAUUCCAUGGAAACUACACAGCGGAGAGCAUCAUCAAACACACAUGCUCUUUUGUGGGACAGAAGUUAUAAAGACAAAACCCCCUCCUGAUGGCUCUGUCAAAGCUGUGGUCUUAAAAACAGGGUUCAACACUGCAAAAGGAGACUUAGUUCGUUCCAUUCUCUAUUCAAAACCAUUGAAUUUUAAACUUCACAGAGAGGUGUUGAAAGUCCUCAUUGGAUUAAUGGUGCUUUCUGUUAUUGGAGUUAUUUAUACAAUUGUGAUUUCUUCAAUCAACGGAGCUACAGCAAGGGAUUUGAUAAUAAUGGCUCUGAUCAUGGGCACUGUUGCAGUUCCUGUCUCUUUACCUCCAGCUUUGACCAUCUGCACCCUUUACUCACAAACUCGCUUAAAAAAGCAGGGGAUAUUUUGCUUCAGUCCUCAACGGAUUGUUAUGUGUGGACAGUUGAACCUUUUCUGUUUUGACAAAACAGGUACAUUAACAGAAGAUGGCUUAGAUUUGUGGGGCAUUGUUCCUUCAGAAGGGAACAGUUUUCAGGAAGCAGUGUCUUUUGUUCCUGGCUGGACUUUAGCAUGGAGUCCUUUGAUUGGAGCAAUGGCCAGCUGUCAUUCAUUGGUUCUAAUGGAUGGAAAAUUACAUGGAGAUCCACUAGACAUCAAGAUGUUUGAAGGAACAGGCUGGGACCUGAAGGAAUCCAAAUCAAAUGAAAAAUCUAGUUCAUAUUCCAUUGUAACACCAGGAUCAUGGAUACUAAAUGUACCAUUCAAGGGAUUUUGUAUUUUUUGCCAAUUCCCCUUCUCCUCAAGUCUUCAACGCAUGUCUGUUAUUACCAAGGCAAUAGGAGAAAUGAAAUUCUUCGUUUUUAUGAAAGGAGCUCCAGAGAUUGUAGUUCAGUUUUGCAAGAAAGAAACAGUGCCAGACAAUUUUUCUUGCAUCCUCGACUACUAUACGAUGCAAGGUUUUCGUGCCAUUGGCAUUGCAUAUAAGGAGUUUACAUCUAAUGCAAAUAUUGAUGUGCAGACCUUACCAAGAGAAGAAGUGGAGAAUGAGCUUCAGUUUCUUGGCUUUUUGAUAAUGGAAAAUAAACUCAAAUAUGAAACUAAACCAGUCCUUUGUGAACUUAGAACUGCAAACAUAAGAACAAUCAUGGUCACAGGUGACAACCUUCAAACGGCUUGUACAGUGGGACUGGACUCUGGAAUGGUACCUGAUUCUUCCAGAUUACUCAUGCUGGAAGCCAAUGAGCCUGAUGGAGGAGAAACAGAAUCAUUUACAGUCCAGUCAGUGGAAAGCAACAGAGACAAAUCACAAACACAAAAUAAAACCAAAAUAACUAAAGCCUCUGAUAUUAUUUGGGAUUUUAAUUCAAGUGUGGGAAAAUAUUAUUAUGCAAUGAGCGGGAAAACAUAUGAAGUUAUAAAGCAACAUUUCCCUACUAUAGUACCAGAGAUUCUUCUCAAUGGAACUAUUUUUGGCAGAAUGACCCCAAAGCAAAAAGCUGGCAUCAUAGAAGAUUUGCAGAAAGCUGACUAUUAUGUCGGCAUGUGUGGAGAUGGAGCAAAUGAUUGUGGGGCCCUCAAAAUGGCCCAUGCUGGAAUAUCCUUAUCUAACUUAGAAGCCUCAGUGGCUUCCCCCUUUACAUCCACUAUCCCAAAUAUUGAAUGUGUGCUUAAACUACUAAAAGAAGGAAGAAAUGCAUUUGUUACUUCUAUAAGCUUGUUCAAAUACCUUAUUAUGUAUACCCUUAUUGAGCUUGUUUGUAUGUUGCUUCUCUUCUGGAAACAAACAUGGCUUGGAAAUUACCAAUAUUUGAUGCAGGACAUUGCCAUCACAGUCACAGUCAUGCUAACAAUGAGUAUAACUGGCCCUGCUUCAAAGCUAGCCCCUUAUAGACCUGCAAUGAGUCUUUUUUCUCCACCUUUACUACUUUCGGUGGUUUUGCAUAUUUCAUUCACCAUUAUAAUACAGACCAGUGCCUUCUUCUUUGUGCAACAGCAACCAUGGUACAAUGAAAGUAAUGUUUUCAGUGCUUGCCUACUGCAUGAUGAAUUUUUUGUCAAUGAAACAGUGAUAAUGCCACACAGACAAUCUCAGAAUUUCCUGACCACGACUUUGUGGCCUGUAAGUGGGAUACACCUCAUCAUUGUCGAAUGUGUGUUUUCUAAAGGAAGGCCUCAUAGAAAACCGAUGUAUACAAACUAUAUAUUUUGCACACUUAUUUUUGCCCAACUGGUUUCCUUUUUAUUUAUCCUGUUUGCUGAUUUUGAACCUCUUUACCAUACCAUGGAGCUUGUCUGCACUCCCUAUUACUGGAGAUUAGAAAUCUUAGGAAUGCUGAUCGUACUUUUCGCUGCUUCCUACAGUGUAGAGGUCUUUGUGUACAACAGGAAACUUUGGUUGGUCAUAAAGAAGAUUUUUGGUUAUAAGUCAAAGAGCCAGUACAAGAAAAUACAGAGGGCUUUGGAGAAACGUACAGACAUCUCUAUAUAAAGGGAGAGAAAAUAUUAGUGUAUCUGUUCUAGCCUUUUGGAAUACAUAUAAUUACUAUAUAUUCGUAAAGACACUCUCUCACCAGGUUUACAGAGACUCUGUUAACGUCAAAACCCUAAACUAAAUCAUAAGUAAAUAGGUUCAAAGACUCUGACACGAAUCUGUAAUUUUUUAUCUCUUUAUCUACUUGCCUUCCCUAAUGCAACCCUGCAAAUGGAGGAGUUUAUAUUUCUGAGCUAAAUAGUCUUAUUUAUGAAUCUAUAUGCUCAGUGAAAAAAAAAUAUAUACUACCGGUAAUUCAAAAUGAGCGACUUUUCUCCUAUUUAUGUAUUAUUUUUGUUUUGCAGGUUGUGCAGGCGACAAAUGUCAUUUUAGACGUCCUAUAUAAGGACAACGUGAAUUAGUAACUGUAAUGCUGAUUACACCAAUGUAUUAAGGGCAUCUUCAAUGCAGCAUUAUUUUUUACCCAGGAUGCAAUAAGAUGCACGUGCUCACUAUUCCUGCAGAUUUAUGAGCUGCCUCUUCCCUAACCUACAGGCUGCUUAUUGACAGUUCGCUGUCUAUACUGUGUAUAAAUAGAUACCUGUCAGCAGUGAAUGGGUGAGGAAGUUGACGGUAUACUUGGCCUACUGCAAAGGUGAUUUCUUCUGGCUUCAGGACAUAGGGUGAAAGAAACGUUGUACAGCAUUGUACUCAAGGCCUCUGUGACUAGGUUAUGGGGCCCUCAGAUAGGCCAGCAUACACCUGGUAAUUGCCUAUAACUAUGAAAGCAAUAAGUUAUGCAUACUGUUAUAAAGUGUUGUAUUGUUAUUCUUGUAUACAGUAACACUCAGAAAGUCUCUGUACUUAACAUACAGUUUUAGUUCAAAAAUUGCUCCAAUGUAAUGUUAUGCUCCCUUUUUAUUUUCUUCCUUAUGAAGAAUGAAGUGAUGAGCAAGUACGACUACGAGUGCAUUGUCAGCAAACAAUGUAUAUUAAUGUUUUUUAUUUUUUUUAUUUUUUUAAAUAGGAAUCUUAUUUUGAAUUGUAUUUAAAAGUGAUUGGAGAAGACAUGAACUGGAAGAAAUUGUGACAUUUUGACAUUGAUUUAGAAAAUAUGACUGGUCAUACAAAAAAAACAACUCUUU